UAAAUGAUACUCCACCAGAUCCGACAGCUCAACAUACCAUUGAAUAUCUAAUACAAACUCGUCCAGCUCUUUUUUUUAUUCACCAAUUCUUGUGGCUCAAACAAGGGCAAUAACAAUUGAGUCUGGGGAUUUGGUAAAAGAAAACCUCGAUUCGCGUGUAGAACUUCAACGCUCCUACUGUACGCAUAGAUGACUUGAAGAAGCACGCUGAAACUUACUGUUGAAACAGAUCUGUACCGUUUAAUCGAAACGCCCCAUCGCUGCGACCCACUCCGGCAACCUAGGGUCAUACUGUAUCACUCCACUCAUGUGUGCUGAGGACGUGUAUCAUAACCAGCGGGUCAGUCCGCAACAACUAGUAUCAUCCACCAAGGAAUCGUCCACACAUAGUGGGCAACCCUCAGAAACUGACAAGAACGAUUGGUCCGACGUCAGUGACCGCAGUGUGCGACGAAAGAUACAAAACAAACUGGCUCAAAGAAGAUUCCGUUAGUAAUAUGCUCCAGCUUCGAUUGCUUAAGCUAAAGGUAGUGAAGGUGACAGAAUAAGGGAGCAGAGGGAGGAGGCCGAACGAGACGAAGAGAACCAACGAAAAGCCGGAGCCUCAUACGCACAGCCAAAGCCGGAGGAAUUGGAUACCGACCAUAAUCUUUCAGGGUUACCCUGGGGUGGCAUUUCGAUGAGACACAUGGUCGAACAAGGAAAGCACAGACGUCAAGGCUCACAAAAAGACAUGAAUAACGGCUCUACUCAUCACAAUGAAUCAUCCUUUGAGGAAAAUAGCAGUAAGUGAUGAUAUGGUAUGACGACACUUUUGGUCAGUGUUCAAGUAGACUUAC